AUGGAUACCCCGAAAACAUCGAUAUCGGCAUACGGUUCGCUACCAGACGUAGAUCAAGACCACGUCUCCCUCCAAGCGAGGCCAGUCUCCCUCCUUGAGGGACUUCUACGCUCUCAGAAACUAGGAUCAAACGUGCCACUACAGCAGCUGACAUUAAACGAUGCACCGUGGCCUGGAAAUGCCUACGUUAUCAGCUACGGCGAUACGUCCCAAGUACUGACGUAUCAAGAUAAGAAGGUUGUAUUGGCAGACUACGAAGGGAAACAAAGCCAAAGAUGGAUAUGCCAUUCGAAAGACGGGUGGCUAGGCUUUAAUAGCGAACCCGGGGAAACAACGCUGUUUAUGGGAUACACCGGCACUGAUCAAAAGCUUGUAUGUCAAACAAGCAACCAUCAGGCGCAUGAGAUGUUUUGUAUCAGAAAACGACCCGAAGAAGGAUUCCAAUUCCUUACGAGGAGCGGAAAGGAUUACAACUUCUUAUGGCCUUUAGGUAAAAAGGAAGAUGGUCAACUCGCUGUUAUAAGAGGCUCGAAGGAUUGGUGGGGCUUCACAAGGACUAUCUAA